AUGGGUAAAGCCAAAAAAACCAGAAAGUUUGGGCUCGUGAAACGUACUUUAAACGCUAAAAAGGAUGCACGUCUUCAGGCCAAUCGUGCCAAGACACCGGGGAAGGAGGAUAACGAACUGACCAAACACGUACCACAGGUGUCGAGUGCGCUGUUUUUCCAAUACAACCAGGCUAUCAAACCGCCCUACCAGGUGCUGAUAGAUACCAAUUUCAUCAAUUUCUCGAUUCAGAAGAAAAUAGACCUGGUCAGAGGCAUGAUGGAUGCGCUACUGGCUAAGUGUGUACCACUGAUCACAGAUUGUGUGAUGGCCGAACUGGAGAAGUUGGGUCCCAAAUACAGAAUUGCGUUGAAACUGGCACGCGACCCGCGCAUUCAAAGACUCAGCUGUAGUCAUAAGGGCACCUACGCCGAUGACUGCAUCGUGAAUCGUGUUUUACAGCACAAGUGUUAUAUAGUGGCCACUAACGAUGCCGGUCUGAAGCAGCGGGUACGUAAAGUGCCAGGAAUACCGCUCAUGAGCGUUGGCGGACAUGCAUACGUGGUUGAAAAGCUACCGGACGUUUUCUAG